AUGUUCGGCUCCCGAUCCCGCUCCUCUGCGUGGCCGAAGCCGCAGGAGACGCUGCUGGGGCGGCGCAAGCGCAGCGCUGGCUUUGUCAUCAACGAUCUCGAAGCUUCCUCCCGCCUCGUCAAGCCGAAGACAGAGUCGGGACUCCUCCCCGUCAAGAAGAAGCACCUUGCCAUGGCCGCCGCCGACGAGACCGCCCUGAAAUGGUCGCGGGACAACUACGUCUGGAAGGAGAUGGAGCGCCAGCGCCGCGCCCUGGAGGAGAUCGCCGUCCGUCGCAGCGGCCGCGAGAAGGGCGGCGUCGUGGUCCGCGACGACAACAACGAGGAGGCGUCGGGGCCUUCGAACCCCGUUCUCCAUGGCGACCAACGGCAGGGUGCAGCAAGGACGGCGGCGGAGCGGGCGUACGUGGAGGCGGAGCCCACGUCCGAAGCCCAAGCUCAGACCCAGACCCCCAGUCAAUCCGCAGGUCCUUCCACCGCCAAAUCCGCCGGAACACGCCGUGCGCCCCGCCGGCUUCCAUCCCCGCCCUCGCCCUUCGCAAUGCCUCCUCGCCGCGACAACGCGCAGCAGACGGCCACUCCCACCCCAGCCCCCGCCCCCGCCCCCUCGUCCACGGCCGCCGGGGGCAUCGAGGAGAAGACGACCCCUGCGCCACCCAACACGGACACCGCUGGGGUCGCGGCCGAGCAGGGCGGCGCCGGGGACGAGCUCUCCGCUCUGCUGAACGAGUUCUCAGCUGACAGCAGCAGCGCCUUCGCCGAGGCGCGGAUCCGGGCCGCCUUCUACCCCAAGUUCGAGAACGAGGAAUCCGACCAGGAGUCAAGAACCCGGAUGAUUGAGAUGGUGUCGCAAGGAUUAGCUACCAUGGAGGUUACGCUCAAGCAUUCAGGGUCUUUGUUCAUGUAUGCUGGUAACCAUGGUGGUGCAUAUUCCAAGAACUGCUUUGGAAAUAUCUACGCUGCUGCGGGCGUUUUUGUUUUGGCUCGCUUGUUUCGUGAAGCUUGGGGGAGAGAAGCUCCUAAGAUGCAAUCGGAAUUCAAUGAUUUUCUCGAGAAAAACCGCAUAAGCAUUUCAAUGGAACUUGUCACGGCUGUAUUAGGAGACCAUGGGCAAAGGCCUAAGGAUGAUUAUGCUGUGAUUACAGCUGUGACAGAAUUGGGUCAUGGCAAGCCUCAAUUUUAUUCUACUCCAAAGUUGAUUGAAUUCUGUCGGAAAUGGCGCCUACCAACAAACCAUGUCUGGCUAUUUUCCACGAGGAAAUCCGCCACUUCAUUCUUUGCUGCCUACGAUGCAUUGUGUGAAGAGGGGACUGCCACACCCGUUUGUAAGGUCCUUGGUGAAAUAGCUGAUAUAUCUGUGCGAGGGUCAAAGGAUCAUGUAAUGGUGCAAGGUGAGAUACUUGAAGGUCUGGUUGCCCGUAUUGUCAGUCGCGAAAGUUCAGUUCAAAUGGAAGUUUUGAGGAACUUUCAACAACCUUCAUUAGACGGAAGCAACUCUGAUUUAGGACCAAGUUUACGAGAAAUAUGCGCUGCCAAUAAGUCAGAUGCGAAGCAGAAAAUUAAAGCACUUCUUGAAAAUGCUGGGUCAUCAUUGUGUUCGGAGCACUGCGAUUGGUUUGGAAACAGUGGUCUUGACGCUCAAUCUCAAAAUGCUGAUAGAUCAGUUGUCACUCAUUUUUUGCAAGCACAUCCUACGGACUAUGCAACUAAGAAAUUACAGGAGAUGAUCCGUCUGAUGAAGAAGAGAAAUCUCCCUGCAGCUUUCAAAUGUUAUUGGGAUUACCAAAAAAUUAAUUCUCUUUCAAAUGAUAACUUGUAUUACAAGAUGGUUAUCCAUGUGCGCAAGGAUUCUGCUUUUAGACGUUAUCAGCAAGAGAUGAGGAAAAAUCAAGAGUUGUGGCCACUGUACAGAGGUUUCUUCAUUGAUGUAAACCUGUUCAAGGCUGCUGAACUUUCCAAAGACAGUAGCGCUUUUCCAGAAAAUAGCAACGGUGCUUCGAAUUCAAGAUUGUCAACUAAGGAUGGUCUGGUUGAGGAGGAUUCAAAUUUGAUGGUUAAACUAAAAUUCCUGACCUACAAGAUAAGGACGUUUUUAAUUCGAGAUGGCCUGUCCACCCUCUUGGAAAAAGGCACGUCUGCUUACAGAACUUACUACCUGAGGCAAAUGGAGAUCUGGGGAACAUCGGCAAGCAAGCAAAAAGAGCUUGCCAAAAUGUUGGACGAAUGGGCUGUCUACAUCCGAGGGGAGUGUGGGGACGCGGAACCGUCAUCUUCGACAUACCUUACCGAAGCAGAACCUUUCCUCGAACAGUACGCGAAGCGCAGCCCCGCAAACCUGGCUCUGGUAGGGGUUGCCGGUGGCUUGGUUCAAACAGAAGAUUUCCUGGCCAGACUCAACGCACGAAGAGACGAAGAGGGUGACCUUAAUAAGCCAGAACGUGGGGCAGCUCCUUCUAGUUCUUAGCACUGACCAAGGACAAGCUUGAUGGUCUAGACACAGUUGGGACGGUGGUGAGGUAUCACUAAGUGCACUACCCAAAGGCCAAAGGCACAAAAAGUAGCGGCUAGUAUAGAAUCUGAGCUUGAGGUGCGAAAAAUAUAAGAAGGGAGCUUGGGACCGUCGGAUGGGAGAUGAGUGGCAGCACAGAUUCUGGUGGAGGGAUCUGUUCCCACUUAGAUGUACAUUUCACGAAACACGCCACUGCUUAACAGUUGGAUGUAAGACAUGACUUCUUGCGGCGAUGAGUCGCAAUCUGUUUCCGAAUCCGUGCAAUGUUGAUGUCAACCCCUUGAGGCUUUGUUCGGUUA